GAUUGGAGGAAGAACAUGUGUAGACCCAAAUUGGAUAGUGAGGCGAAUUCUUUCGCUCCAAGUCCGAGUUGAGUUAGAGUCCACAUUCUCUUUUUUUGAAAAAUAAUAAUAUAAAAAUUUUUUUGGGGGAAAGAUCUUCGUCUCUCUCUCUCUCCUGGUCGGCCUUCCGAUUCCGAUCCAAUCCCAGAAGCGUCCCAGCUGUAUCCAGUUUCACUUACCCACCGGCGGGACCUCUCUUAUAACCGCAGACAUAAGAACCCAUUUCUAGUUUCCACCGUUCUUCAUUUUCAAACCUUCUAUUUCCAUCAACACCCAUUUAUCCUUUUGAUCUUUACUUAUCCUCGCCAUGAACUAAAUACCCAGUUUUUUGAAUUAGUUCAUCGGUUUCUCAAGCAUCUACUUUCUUCCUAUGGCGGCGGAGCCUCCCAGUUGGCAAGAGGGUAUGUCCUCUGACAACGUAAAAGGCCUCGUACUUGCACUUUCUUCCAGUUUCUUCAUUGGUGGGAGCUUCAUUGUCAAGAAGAAGGGCUUGAAGAAAGCUGGUGCUUCAGGAAUCAGAGCAGGAGCGGGCGGAUUUACUUACUUAUACGAGCCGUUGUGGUGGUUGGGCAUGAUAACAAUGAUUGUUGGAGAAAUUGCUAAUUUCGUAGCAUACGCAUUUGCACCAGCCUUAUUAGUCACUCCUCUUGGAGCUCUCAGCAUAAUAAUCAGUGCUGUUCUUGCACAUAUCAUUUUAGGGGAGAAGCUACAUAUUUUUGGGGUUCUUGGUUGUAUUCUAUGUGUGGUGGGCUCCAUAACCAUUGUUCUUCAUGCACCUCAAGAACGUGAAAUAGAAUCCGUGACAGAAGUUUGGCAAAUGGCAAUGGAGCCAGCUUUUCUUUUGUAUGCGACUCUGGUCAUAACCUCUGCUAUUAUACUCAUAUUCCACUUCAUACCUCAAUAUGGCCAGACACACAUAAUGGUUUAUAUUGGAGUUUGUUCCCUUUUAGGUUCUUUAUCGGUUAUGGGUGUUAAAGCUCUUGGAAUUGCCAUGAAGUUGACACUAUCUGGAGUAAAUCAAUUCGUUUAUCCGCAAACUUGGCUUUUUGCUAUAAUCGUAACCACAUUUUUGCUUACUCAGAUGAACUAUCUGAACAAGGCCCUUGAUACUUUUAACACUGCUGUUGUGUCUCCCAUAUACUACGUGAUGUUCACAUCACUGACCAUUUUGGCAAGUGUUAUCAUGUUCAAGGAUUGGGAUAGGCAGAGCCCAUCACAAGUUAUCACAGAGUUGUGUGGAUUUGUAACUAUUCUUUCUGGGACCUUUCUUCUUCAUAAAACAAAGGACAUGGUUGAUGGUAUAUCGACAUCAUCACCAAUACGACUUACGAAACACAUGGAAGAGGAUGAAUAUAAUGGAUUGGAAGGCAUACCUUUAAGACGGCAAGAAGCCACGAGAUUGCCAUAAAUUAAUGUAGUACUCGUUGUCGAGCCUUCUCAAUUCGAUUAAUAUUCUUUAAAGAAAAACUGCCAUAGAAGUUGGGAAUGUUUUCGAUUUGUUCUCAUUCCCCACUUCUAUUGUAAAAGUAUUCUUCUUUUUGUGCAUACAAAAACUCUCCCUGUAUAUGAACAGGAUUGUAAUUUUACAGUCAAAUUAGACUAAUUUGAGAGGAGAUAUCAAACCUCCUUUUUUGUGA